AGAGGGAUCGGCUGCGCACGUACCCAGCACGCACACUCAGCAUGUCAGACAAGGGGGAGCUGAUGGAGGAGAUCAUGGAGGCCAAGGUGAUGUGGUACCCGGACUCGAAGAAGAUCACUCAGAUGGAUCAGUUCAGGAACAGGGUGAAUAGAAAUCUGGGGCUCCGCCUGGCUAACUACAAUGAACUGUACCAGUGGUCUGUAGAGUUCUAUCCGGAAUUUUGGGCAGAGUUUUGGGACUUCAGUGGGAUUGUUUACUCUAAAACAUAUGAUGAGGUAAUUGAUAGAUCAAAAGGAAUUGCUGACGUUCCAGAGUGGUUUAAAGGGAGUCGCCUGAACUAUGCAGAGAACCUACUCAAACAUAAGGAAAAUGAUAAAAUUGCUUUGUAUUCAGCAAGGGAAGGGAAAGAGAACAUUGAGAAAGUAACGUUUGCAGAGCUGAGGCGGGAUGUUGCUCUGUUUGCAGCGGCAAUGAGGAAAAUGGGCAUCAAAACAGGAGACCGGGUUGCAGGUUAUCUUCCAAACUGCAUUCAGACUGUUGAAGCCAUGCUGGCCGCAGCGAGCAUAGGAGCAAUAUGGAGUGCCACAUCUCCUGACUUUGGCGUCAAUGGGGUAUUGGACAGAUUUUCUCAAAUUCAGCCCAAAUUAAUCUUGUCUGUUGAAUCUGUGAUUUAUAAUGGGAAGGAACACUGUCAUCUGGAGAAACUCCAGCAUGUAGUUAAAGGGUUGCCGGACUUGAAAAAGGUUGUCGUGAUUCCAUAUGUCUUACCAAAAGAAAAAAUAGAUAUCUCAAAGAUCCCUAACAGCAUGUUUUUGGAUGAGUUCCUUGCAACUGGAAAAGUUGGAGACCAGUCCCCACAGCUGGAGUUUGAACAGUUGCCUUUUAAUCACCCACUGUACAUAAUGUACUCCUCAGGCACUACAGGGGCACCUAAAUGCAUGGUGCAUUCAGCAGGGGGAACCCUCAUCAAGCACUUAACAGAGCAUAUUUUACAUGGCAGUACCACCAGCAGUGAUGUUAUCAUGUACUAUACAACGGCUGGGUGGAUGAUGUGGAACUGGCUGAUUACUGCAGUGGCAACUGGGGCCUCCUUGGUGCUGUAUGAUGGGUCUCCACUUGUUCCAAGCUUAAAUGUGCUAUGGGAUCUUGUGGACAGAUUAGGAAUAACCAUCCUGGGAACUGGUGCCAAGUGGCUGGCUGUAUUGGAGGACAAAGGCCUCAAGCCAUGUAACACACACAGUUUGCAGACUCUUCAUACUAUACUGUCAACGGGAUCUCCUCUAAAACCCCAAAGCUAUGAGUAUGUGUACAAGCAUAUAAAGAGCAAUGUCCUGCUAGGAUCAGUCUCAGGUGGUACAGACAUCAUAGCCUGUUUCAUGGGUCAGAAUGUCUCUGUUCCAGUGUACAAAGGAGAAAUACAGGCCAGACACCUUGGUAUGGCUAUUGAAGCAUGGAAUGAAGAAGGAGAAGCCGUGUUGGGGGAAAGCGGGGAGCUGGUGUGUUUAAAACCAUUACCAUCUCAGCCCACACAUUUCUGGAAUGAUGAAAAUGGCAGCAAAUACCAGAAAGCCUAUUUUGCUAAAUUUCCAGGAGUUUGGGCUCAUGGAGACUACUGCAAAAUAAACCCGAAAACUGGAGGCAUCGUCAUGUUGGGACGAAGCGAUGGAACGCUGAAUCCAAAUGGGGUGCGUUUUGGAAGCUCAGAAAUCUACAAUAUAGUUGAAGCAUUUGUGGAAGUAUCAGACAGCCUGUGCGUUCCACAGUACAACAAAGACGGGGAUGAGAGAGUCAUUCUAUUUUUGAAAAUGGCCGACAAGUUUGAGUUCAGCAAAGAGCUGCUGAAGAGGAUAAAGGAUGCCAUCCGCGUUGCCCUUUCUGCCAGGCAUGUUCCAGCCUUGAUUUUAGAAACAAAAGACAUUCCAUACACCAUCAGCGGGAAGAAAGUUGAGGUUGCUGUUAAACAGGUCAUUGCAGGAAAAGAAGUUCCACAUCGGGGGGCAUUCUCUAAUCCACAGUCUUUGGAUCUAUACCGUAAUAUUCCUGAGCUGCAGAAUUUCUAAGCACUUUACAUGUAAAUUCUUCAUCCCUAUAUGUACAUAUGCACAGUAUAUACCAGUAUAUGUAUAGUAAAUGUUACUGGGUUCUUUUAAACCAGACCUAUGUGCUUAUUUUGUUGAACCCGAGAGCUACAUUUUUAUCCAUGCCUGUGUGACGCUCCAGAAUAUUGCACGAGGAAGUGAAGAAGUAAUAAUAGAAACCACAACCUUUGGGAUACUGCUGGUUUACUUAAGAAAUAUGUAUUUAUCAAUAACAGUGCAAUGUGAACAUGAAAUUUGUCUCAGCAUUUCUAAAACGUUAAUAUUUAUGCACUACGAUAUAGGGGAAUUCACAAAAUAGGAGUAAACCGCAAGUUUACACUUUAUCAAAGGGAAGAUAUGCCCUGUUUGCAAGUACAGUUUACAUUCAGUUUAUUUUUCUGUAAAACAUAAAUAUGGUGUGUGUAUUUAUACAGUAGUACAUAUUUAUGUUUAUGGGAGCAGCCAUACUGAUUGCUCUAAAGUUGUAUUAGCUUGAGGGAUAUUUAUUGAGCUGUCUCAGUAUAGGAGUAGUUGGAAAAUACUAUUGGAGUAGUUGGAAAAUGACUGGGCAGCUCUUUCUCAUUCAUUAUAUCAUAAACUGAAAACAUAUAUUCUUUACUUCCUGCACAUAUGAAAGGCAUAGUGAAAGGCAGCUGCACAAAUCAUUUAGAGACACUAUCAACAUAGUCUGAUAUAUGGGGCCAGUGGAAUUUGCUGAUUUUUGUUAUUUGCUAUUGUUUUUUCUGUGUCAUAACAUUUUUCCCCAUAGUUUACAUGUGGUCUUUCAGAAAUAAAUCUCCAAACUGCUGCACUGCAGCUGUGAAACUACAUCUCCCAUCAUUCCCCAACAGUUUAUGUCUUAGAAGAGGCAAGGGAUUGUAAUUCACAAUUUGGAGAUUCCUCAAUUUCUGUAUUGUUAUUAAUUUAUCCAAAAAUCAUGUGUCUAUUGAUAAAUGUAAAUAUUGUCAUAUGGCACAGAAUAUCUCUCUACCUAAAUACUGUAAGAAAAAGGUUUUCGUGGAGACAGUGUUACUAAAAGUUAACGAUUCCUGUUUAUGUCAUUCUUUAUUAUUUAUUGCAUGAAUUUUCAAAAAAAGCCCGGAUUCAACCCGAAUCCCAAACCAAAUAUGGGAUUUGGUGCAUCCCUAGUUGAAACUAUUUCAACUUCCAUGUUUAUAUGACAAAAAGUCAAGUGAUUUCAGGAUUCACUUUUGUCAGGAACAUGAAGUUGAUCAAAUUGUGCUGAAAAAGGUAGAACCUUUUCUGAAUCCUGAACCGAAUCCUGGAUUCGUGCAUCUUUACUUUUAUAAAAAUGAGGCAACUGAAUUACCAAGAACAUUUUGGGGGGAAUUUUUAGUUAAAUUCAAGGUAAGGGUGACGUCUCAACCUUUGAUAUGUGUCCUUUAGUUUUGUAAUCUUUGUAAUCACAUCUACAUUACAAACUAGAAAUUCAGAAAUAGUCUGGUAAUAUCAGUUGCAGGUUACCAUGAGGGCAAUCUGGGAGGUUGUCUGGGGGACUAGUGGCAUGGAGCAGAGAGUGGAGCUAAGGUAUCAGGGGAGGUGGUAUGGCAGCACCAAGAGACCCAAGGAUUUGUUCUGUCCCUGGAAAAAAAUUGAAAAAAUGAAAGUUUACUAUGCAGUCUUGUAGAAAUCUACUCUCCCACAAGACACAGAAGCACUAUAGGAGCUUAUUUUUAGGCCCCCUGACUAGUAUUCCCAGAUUGGGUAGGGUUCCAGACUUUUAAAAUUAAAAGGACACUAGGGGGUAUUAAAAAAAAAAAAAAAAAAA